CUUUCUUUACUUUUACAAGCUACUCCAACUUCCUUUUUUAAAACCUAUAUACAAGCUAUACAAGCAUUCAGUAGUUUGUUGGGAAUACGAAAUAACGAAAAAAGCAUAAAAGAAUCACAAAUAUAAAAAGAUGACAUCAUACGCAACACGAACACAAAGCUCUUCAGAACAGAAUGACUUGAAAAAACUGAAAUCUAAAUAUUCUUCCAAGUUGAAUACACUCAAAGAAUUAUUUGCAGAUUGGUCAGACGAAGAUCUUUUAUUUGCACUUGACGAAGCAGAUGGGGUAUUGGAAGUAGCGGUAGAUCGUAUUAGUGAAGGCCAUGCAACUCAAUGGGGAGAAGUGAAGACCAAAAAAUCAAAGAAAGAAGCUCAACAAAAAGCAAAGGCAGCAGCAGCCGCAACUGUACCUUCUCCUGCACAAACUAUGUCAUACCAAAAACCAGAACGUCCACAAGCUCCAAAGACCUUUAUUGAACGACACAAAUCAGCAAAAGCACCUCGUGCACCUAGUACUAACACUUUCCCAAGAAAAACCACCACUGCUACUACCAAAACAACUACUACUUCUUCUUCUUCUUGGGGAUACAAUUCAGGACAAAAACCUUCUACAUCUGAGACAACUGGUGGAUCAUGGGCAUCUAUUGCAUCAACAAAACCUGUAAAUGAACCUUCCUCAGAAUGGAAUACAACAACAACUACUACUGUCAAUUCAACGAAUGAUUCUUGGGAACAACCAUCCUGGUCAAAUGAAGAAAAAGAAAUUACAGAAACUACUACAUCAUCUGCUUUACUGGACGAUUCAGAUAAACCAAAGUCUUGGGCAAGUUUAUUAAAAUCUCAACCCAAACCUGAAUCUGUGCAAAAACAAGAUACUGAAUGGACUACAACUGAAGAAUCAAAUACAACUGAAAACGCUUGGAAUACAAAUGAAGAACCUAUUCGAGAUGAAUGGAAUGCUCCUGUAGAAACGCCAUCUAAUGCUUGGGGUGCUGGUCCCACUGAGCCAGAAGCUGUUGUAUCCGAAUCUAUUGAAGAAGAUGAGUCUAAGAAAACUAUCCGUCGAUUGAAGCAAGAAUCCCCUGUCGUUAUGCCAAACAAUGAAGUGACUGUAUCCUCUGUUGAUGUGAAAUUUGGAUCUUUGAAUUUGGAUGAAGAUACUGUAAAAGAAACGAUUACUACUACAUCUACUACUGUGGAAGAAAGCUUAACUGAUACCAAAGUGGAAACUCAACCUCAACCUACUGCUGAACCAACCAUUGAACAAACUAUUACUCCCUCUACCUCUUCAACUACUCAUCAACAACCAUCUUACUUGAAACAAGAACCUACUUAUUCUCAACAACAACCUCAAACUAAUCAAACUCAACAACCUGCUCAACAACAAAUUCCUCAACAACAACAACAACCUGCUCAACAACAAAUUCCUCAACAACCUCAACAACAACAACCUCAACAACCUCAACAACCUCAACAACCUCAACAACAACAACCAUUCGGUAUGGAUCAUCUCACAUCUGCUUAUAGUUCUUACCUUCCCAAUCAACAUCCUACUGGUAUGUCAGGUUUCGGAAUGAGUCCUAUGGGUAAUUUGCCUGAUUAUGGUGUUUAUGGAACUGAAGCUCAACGUGCUGCUGCUAUGGGAUAUUAUGAUCCUUCUGCUUUCAGUAAUUCUCCUGCUACUACGAACGCAACCUCAUAUCCAUCUCGUGACAAGUUUGGUCAAGAUACAUCAGCAUCUAUUGGUACUCCUCAAGGUCAAUCUGUUCCUGGUCAAAACCAAGGUUUACACGGUCAACAAAUGUACCCAGGAAUGCCUUACUAUCCUUAUUAUUACAUGCCUAACCAUUACAAUGCUUAUCAACAAUCUAUGUAUGGUCAACCUAUGAUGAAUAAGAAUAUGUAUCCUAACAUGUAUCAACAACAAGCAGCUUCUGUCAAUAAACCUUCCACUCAAUCAUCCUAUGGUGCUGGUAAUGGUGCUACAGCUUCUCCUUACGCUCUUCACUCCCAACUUUACAAUCAACAACCUUCAAACACUGGUGCUGUUGGUGGCUACGAUGAUUUACAACAACAAUUUGGAUUACAUGAUUAUCAAAAGUCUCCUUAUGGUAAUGCUGGUGGUCAACAAUUACAAGGCUUUUUGAGUCAUCAUUUACAAGGCCAACAACAAUCUCAACAAAGUCAACAAUCAUCUCAACAAGGUCAAACUCAAUCUGUUGAUCCCUCCAAGAAUGAUACUACUCGUGGAAAUGCUGCCUCUUCUCAACCUCAACAGCAGCAACAACAACAUCAAAUGAAUUACUUUGGUCAACAACAAAUGUUCUCUUACCAACAGUAUCCCCAACAACAAUAUUGGAAUCAAUAAAAAUCUUUCUUAUUAUUCUUUUUUUUUUUUUUUGUCUAUUUGAAAUGUUAUUUCUUUUGUAUCACUCUCGUUUCUUAUUUAUAUCAAGCAUCAUGUCUCUUUCCCUCUUAGCAUAGUAUCAACUU